AUGCAGCCCUCGGAGAUGUUCGUAGGGUCAAUUGACCAAGGCACUACGAGUACGCGAUUCCUGAUCUUCAAUCGGGAUGGCGAGCCCGUGGCAUCACACCAGGUGGAGUUUACCCAGAUAUAUCCUAAUCCCGGGUGGCAUGAACAUGACCCUCUAGAACUCGUAUCUUCCGUCGAAACGUGCGUCGAAGAAGCCGUCAAGCAAUUCGAAGCCGAAGGCCACUCCCGGCAUGACAUCAAGGGAAUUGGCAUCACCAACCAACGCGAGACAACUGUGGUCUGGGAUCACGAGACCGGGGAACCGUUGUGCAAUGCUAUUGUUUGGACGGACACACGCUCGCAGGACAUUGUCAGCGAGUUGAAGGAAAGACCCGGGGCGUCGCAGCUGCAGCAACUGUGCGGCCUCCCUCUGUCGACCUACUCCUCCUCUACCAAACUCCUUUGGAUGCUUGCACACGUUCCUGCGGUCAAGAAUGCCUUUGAGCGGGGCAAACUGGCAUUCGGUACCGUUGAUUCGUGGCUUGUGUAUCGCCUGAACGGAGGCCAGCAAGCGAACGUGUUUGUGUCGGACCCAACCAAUGCAUCGCGCACGAUGUUCAUGAAUCUCGAGACUUUGCGGUAUGAUAACACGCUGCUUGACUUCUUCGGCAUCCGCGGUAGAAUCCACCUACCUGCGAUCGUGCCCUCGUCUGAUGCCCAUGCCUACGGAUUCAUCUCCUACGGCAUCCUUUCCGGCAUCCCCAUCAUGGGCUGUCUGGGGGAUCAAUCCGCAGCACUUGUCGGCCAGAAGGGGUUCUCCCCCGGCAUGGCUAAGAACACCUACGGGACCGGUUGCUUUCUGUUAUACAACGUCGGCGACAAACCUGUUAUCUCCAAACACGGCCUGUUGGCCACGGUCGCCUACCAUUUCGAUGGGAAGCCCGUCUACGCGCUUGAAGGGAGCAUCGCUGUCGGCGGCUCCGGGGUGAAGUUUUUGCAAAACAACCUGGAGUUCUUCAAAGAUUCCAAAGAGGUAAACGACCUAGCGCUCAGCGUCGAAAACAACGGUGGCUGUGUGUUCGUCACUGCGUUUAGCGGGCUCUUUGCACCCUACUGGAUUGACGAUGCAAAGGGAACCAUCUUCGGGAUCACCCAAUACACCAAAAAGGGCCACAUCGCCAGAGCCACACUAGAAGCGACCUGUUUCCAAACCAAGGCCAUCCUCGACGCCAUGGAAAAGGACAGCGGACACGCACUCUCCGAACUAGCCGUUGACGGAGGAAUGAGCAACUCCGAUCUUGCCAUGCAGAUCCAAGCAGACCUCAUCUCCAUUCCCGUAUACCGGCCCAAGAUGCGCGAAACCACCGCCCUGGGCGCCGCCAUCGCCGCCGGUCUCGCCGUGGGACUAUGGCGCAACUUCGCCGAGCUCCGAGACAUCAACCGCGCCGGCGGCGCCGUCUUCGAACCGCAGGUCAGUCGCAAAGAAAGCGCCAAGUCGUUCGCUCUGUGGGAAAAAGCCGUGAACAUGGGCCGUGGUUGGGUUGGCGAUAUGGCACCGCACGCGCAGACCCAGACCCAGAUGCAAAGCCACAACCACAAUCACAACGGCGAGAGGCAAGAGACUCCGGAGAUCGUCAAGGUUCAGAAUGAAGCGGUGAAGAUCCCUUUGAACAAGGUUAAUGGGGAAAUUGUCGCGCCGAUCAAGCCGCCGCUGUUUAACAUUUGUAGUGAUCUGGAUGAUGCGGAUGAGGAGGAUCUGUAUUUAGAGCUGAGGAGGGUGGAGAUCUUGCAGAGGAUGAAGAAGUUGAGGAAGGUGAAGGUUACGUAUCUAUAG